CACAGCCGAGCUCCACUAAACGGAUAUUAACUGCCACCCGACCGAGACCACCACCACCACCAUCCCCACCAGCUCCAACCUGCUGCUGCUAUGUGUAAAGGACUAGCAUCGCUUCCUACCUGCUGCUUGGAAAGGGCCAAGGAGCUGAAAGCAAGGCUGGGAAGCAUUUUGCAAAAACCCAAUUGGAAUCUAUCCUGCUGCAAAAUAGGGAAAAAUAAGCCAACACUGGAGGAAUGCCUUAAGUGGAAGGAGUCCUUUGAAAAACUCCUGUCCAGCAAAUAUGGACUGUGUGCCUUCACAGCCUUCCUGGUAUCUGAGUUCAGCGAGGAGAACGUCGCGUUCUACUUUGCCUGCGAGGAUUACAGGACUACCAAGUGUCCUGAAAAACUACCCGCUAAAGCCCAGAAGAUCUACAACGAAUUCAUCGGCAGUGAAGCUCCAAGAGAGAUUAACAUCGACCACGAAACCCGUGACAUCACCAAAGCCAACAUGCUGGCCCCCUCAACAUCUUGCUUCGAUAUGGCCCAGCACAAGAUCUACAUGCUCAUGGCCAAAGACUGCUACCCCCGCUUCCUCCGCUCUCCAGCCUACAGGGAUCUAGUGUGCCAAGCCAAGCCAGGCGCCAAGGCCACCAAGCAGCCCCAGCAGGAGAAGAAGGCGUGAGGGCGAAUCUCUCCAUGAGCCGAUGAAGGAUUGUUUCGCGGUCGCCUUAAAGGUAGAGAAGGCAAGAGAGAGAGAUGUUGUGGCGUUGCGGCUGCUGCAUCGCGGAGCCGGGACGCUGAUGAUGCUGAUGCAGACGCAGAGGUCGUCAUGAGAUGAGAGCGUGCGGUUGGGUUCUGCAGACGCCGUCUCUCUGAAGAUGAGGAAGGGUGGAAGCUGGAGCAAAAGCUGGAGGUCGAUGCCUUAAAGUGGACUGUUGUGUGAAUACAGUUCGGACAAAGUCAAAAGAGAAAGUAAAAGAUUGAGUGACAAUCAAGCAGGAGGGCAGGAGAACUGGGAGAGGCACUUUUCUUUGCCAUUAGGCAAAUGUUGUUGUGGUUGUGAUGUGCAAUGUCCUUCUGUCAAACUUGUACACUGUUUGUGAACAGGCAUGUACUUCACGAAUUUGUAUUUAUUUGUAUUUAUUUGUCUGUAAUAUAUUUGUUGAAUUUUUACCAAACAAAACUGAAA